AUGCAUCCUCUUACGACCAAGUUUACCGCCCUAAUGAACAUUCAGAGCCCCAUCGUGGGGGCUCCCAUGUACUUUGCGACGACGCCAGACAUGGUAGUAGCUGUCAGUGGCAGUGGGGGUUUUGGAUUCAUCGCAGCAGGGUUUGAAAGCUCCGAAACCCUGAAAAAGCAACUGCAGUACGUCCGUUCCAAACUCAACGUAGCAGCGGGUAUUCCCCUCCCUACCGGGGUCGGACUCCUCGGCUGGAUCCUCGAUAAAACGGAAAUCUCAGACGACCCUCGCAUCCCAGCGGUCCUUGACGAGCUGCCUGCUGCCAUCUGGUUCGCCUUUGGAACUAAUCUGGGAAAAUACGUAGAACACGUCCGAGCGUACGAUGAAAAGAGGGAUCCGGAGAAACCCCACAAGACCCUUGUCUUUGUCAUCGUCAAUUCAGUCGAAGAUGCCCUGCGUGCGGCGAACGAGUGGAAGGUCGAUGUGUUGGUCGUACAAGGAACUGAAGCUGGUGGCCACGGCGGCGCAUCCGCACCACCCCUUCUGAACCUCCUCCAAGGUGUCCUUGACGCCAUUCCGACCGACGGUCCAGCCAUCAUCGCAGCAGGCGGCAUAUCCACCGGCGCACAAAUAGCUGCUCUCCUCACACUAGGCGCAUCAGGAGUCGUCCUCGGCACACGAUUCCUCUUCACUCCCGAAUGCAUGUACUCCGACCAGAUGAAAGCCGUUCUCCUCGACGCGGGCCUCAAUUCUACUGCACGCAGCCUGGCAUUUGACGAGAUCAACAGAACUGCAAUGUGGCCGGAAGGUAUUGAUGGUCGGGCAAUUGCUAACAACAUCUUGGUCGAUUACAGGGAGGGUAAAUUAGACUUGGAAACGCGGUUGAAGAAGGCUGAUGCAGAUAAGGCAAACGGGAAGACAGACCGUCUCGUCAUUUGGGCAGGGGUAGGGGUCGGGCAUGUCAAGGAGAUUAAAGGUGCUUCCGAGGUGCUGCGGUGUUUGCACGAGGAGACGGUCGCAGCGUUGAUAACAAUUGCUCAGCUACAAUAA